AUGAGAGUGUUCUUUACGGUCAUACUGCAAGAGACCUACGCACAGGCUGACCCAGAUUCUAAAAAGGAGGCUGGCAAUGCCACCAGCCCUGAGCUAUUCCCUGUGGAUAUUAAACCUAGAGAACUGUACCUGCUUUUCCGGCCAUUCAAGGGCUAUGAAGGGUCCCUGAUCAAGCUCACUUCAAGACAGCCUGUUGGUUUUGUGAUCUUUGACAGCCGGGCAGGAGCAGAAGCAGCCAAAAAGGCAUUGAAUGGUAUUCGCUUUGAUCCUGAGAACCCCCAGACCCUGAGGCUAGAGUUUGCCAAAGCCAACACCAAGAUGGCCAAAAGCAAGCUAAUAGCAACACCAAAUCCCACCAAUGUCCACCCUGCCCUGGGAGCACAUUUGAUUGCAUGGGACCCUUAUGACCUGAUGGGGGCUGCUCUGAUUCCUGCAUCCCCAGAGGCCUGGACCCCUUACCCUCUCUACACUACAGAGCUGACGCCAGCCAUUUCACAUACUACGCUCACCUACCCAGCCGCCACCGCUGCCGCUGCCACCCUCCAUGCUCAGGUGCGCUGGUAUCCCUCUUCUGAUACCGCUCAGCAAGGAUGGAAGUAUCGCCAGUUCUGUUAGCUCCUCAGUCUUGUUACCCUGGAGUUGGUCCUGGGUUGUUUGGGGCCAAAACAGGGCUCUGCCCUACUGCCACCUGAGGCCUGUGCAGAAUUGCUGCUCCCCUCUAGACACUGUGAAUCUGAAGCCUGACUCAGUGGAUGGCUCUCGUUUCCUCCUCCCUCAGUUCUCCAAGGCCUUCCAGGAGGAUCGGGAGGCCUUCUUACCCGGACACCUAGGCCCAGCUUGCCGGCCUCACUGGGAACCCAGCACAGCCUGACCUCCUGCUCAAACUUACUUCUGUAGUUCCCCAUCAAGGAAAAGGGACAUUUAAUUUCGCAUGUUUAUGGAUUGUGACACUUGUACAGUUUGUUCCUACACUGUCGCCAUAGCAACAGGUCUUGGCACUGGAGGCUUGUCAAGCCUAGUCUCUCUCUCUACUCCUGACUCCUACACCCACCCUACUUCAGGGAGGCCUGAGCCUUGCAGCCACUUCUGACCUGAAGGCCCCGCUGCACACACACAUAAACACACACGCACACACGCGCACGCAUACACGCAGACUCCAUCCUCAUCUGGCAGCAGAUCCGCAGCCUCUGACUUUCACCUCCAAUCAGAGUCCUGAUCGUCUCCUUCUCCAGAGGGCUGACAAGCCUAAGAAGCUGUGCCUCCCUCCCCCAGAGCACCCUACCCUGCCACUGCUCUUCAUUCUUCCUGAACUCUGAAAACAACCAAAACCUGAAAAGUAUUUUUGUACCCUAUGUAACAAAAUAUUUAUGGAUCAUAAAGGGGUUUUCAUGUGUUUACCAUUAAUUAUUGAAGAGACCUUGCUCAGCCUGUCAGAUAAGUUUAAUGUUUAGUUUGAAGCAUGAAGAAAGGGGUUUCCGUUCCUCAGCAAUCGGCCUUUGUGUCGGGCAUUGGUUUAAGAAUAUGAGAUGAAGGAUGAAUUGUGCAAUUUUGUUUUCUUUUACAAGCAUGUCUGUGCUGUACCUUUAACCUCAGCUCGGAUGUUUGGCCGCUUCG